CGCUUCAUAACAUCGGUGGCAGAGACAACCGGAAGUUGUCAGAAAAGACGUUUAACUUGUUUUUCAUUCCAUAAAUUAAGCGUUGUCGUUUUAUUUUCUGCACGUAUGUCUGUCUACGUACUGAAUCAUGCAGAAGUGACUCGCUAAAGAGAGUUUUGUGAAAAGCGGUGUUGAAUAUAUCUUCAAAUUAGGUUGACGUUUGAUGUCAGUCUGCUUUUGUCGCCACUUUAUUUCUACGACUUCUGCUCGUGUCCUGUUAAGCAGCAGAAAACCUGCAUUCUAUAAACCUGGGAAAUGGAGGAAUCUUCUGUACACAGGUGUGGCAUCUUUUGCAGUUGGCGGCGGGCUGUGUGCCAUACCCUUCAGACAGGUUGAAAACCUCUCUCACGACUCUCUGAUCAAACGAGCAGCUUCUCUGGUGACAGACAGCUCAAGCACCUUUCUCUCUCAGGCCACCUUGGCUCUUGUAGAUGCCAUCACAGAGUACUCAAAAGCUGUGCACACACUAAUCAGUCUCCAAAAACGAUAUUUGGACUCUCUGGGAAGACUGAGUCCAGCAGAAGAGGACACAAUCUGGCAGGUGAUCAUUGGCCAGCGUGCACAGGUUAAUGACAGACAAGAUGAAUGCAAGCGUUUUGAGUCCACCUGGAUCAAUGCUGUCAAGCUGUGUGAAACAGCAGCAGAGGCAGCAUACACGUCAGGAGCUGAACAUGCGUCGGUCACAAUGAGGACGAACAUUCAGGUGGCCCUGUCGCAGGUGGAGGAGGUGCAGAAACUGUCAACGGAUGCAGAGAAGAAGCUGGCAGAGACAAAAGUGAUGGAGGUUGAAAGGAUGGCACAGUACACCGCCUCCUUACAGAAUACUAGCGAUGACGAAGAGGUGCCUGAGGCUUAUCUAAGAGAAGACUAAAACAAAAGAAACCAUAAAAAAAAGGUUCAUUUGUGUUCAAUGCAAACAAUAAUUGUAUAUCAACUCUACAUAGUCUUCUUUCUUUUUGGGUCUCCAUCAUGUUUGACUCUGAUUUGUCGUGUCGCAGUCAAUUUAUGUCCUUUCAUCCGCAGUUAAACUGCAAUGCAGAAAAAGUGAAUCACACAAAAUAAGGACCACUUUUAAGACUACUUUUUGAAUUUCUCUCCACUGUUUAUUGUGUUGUCACUUGAUCAGCAUCAGAUUUUUGCUUUAUACUUUGAUAGAAUUCAUUUUAAUAAAGACAAAGCACAGUACAAAAAAACAUACAACUGAUUGUUUUUGGUCUUUGUUAAGUCAGAUAAUGAAGCAUAACACUUCAUUUCCUGUUUACUAGAUGAUAUUUGUGUUGACUGAGCGACUAGUCUUGUCUUGCUGUGGUUGUUUUUUGAUCCAAUGGACUGAAAAACACUUAACCAGUGCUAAAAAUGGAGAGAAAACAAUGUGUCCACCUCAUACUGCUGCCAAAGGAUGAGAGUUGUUUGAUUCUGAUUCUGAUUUAAUUGCUGGUGUGAACGUAUGUUUCACACGAGAAGUGUCUCUGCCAACGAUGUGAACACAGUGUCCCCUGCGGUCAUCUUGGGAGAUAUUCUGUUUGCUGAAGUCGCCAGAAGCCACUUUGUAAACACCAUAAAACCCAGAGACACCACACGAUUGGCUGACCAACACUGUUUUUGGUGGAGCUGCAGUUUUUACAUGUUGUAAUGUGUGAUCAUCUCAUCCACACAAAUUUAAAUCCACAAAUGAACUCAUUUCUUGCUGAUUCCAACUACUUGUGUUCCCAUGAGAACACUGUUUAAGGCAGUGUUGCUUUACUCGUUAUUUGUGUCUCUCUUUAUCACUCAGCAAUUCUACCUUCGCUGCAAAUUACCCAUGUCCUGACUCUCUGUCAAGAAGCUUUUAGGUGUUUUCUCAAAGCCUUCUCUGCCUGUCAUCACUUCAUCUUCAGUGUCACCUCUUAGCACACAGUCUGCCUCUGAUUUACUUAAAAUAAAUGAAUAAACUGGUUGAAAUAUG